UACCACUGAUAAGUAGAAAACACGUGUGUGUGCGCAUUCAUUUUGGUGGGACAAGCGUGCGGCUAGUAAUUAAUUGCGGACCGAAAAUAUUGACGAAUAGUUGCAUUAAUCAUGACAGACCUGCUAAAGAUAGCCGAUGCAAUCGUACUGGAGUACUUGCAGUCCAAGGACAAGAACCUGGCCAAGGUUUUCCAGCAGAAGACGAAGGCGGCCAGUGUCGCCAAAAGCAGCCCAAAGUUGAGUGAAAUCCUUCAGUUCUAUCAGACCAAAAGCCCCAACAAGAUCCCAGCAAUCAAGGCGACAGCCGGCGACUCCAGCGAGGACAGCGACUCAGACUCUGAGUCCGAUGCGGCGCCUAAGAAACCAGCGGCAGCGCCUGCACUAACAAACGGCAAGGCUGCCAAAAAGGCAGCAUCUUCCACCAGCGAGGACAGCGAUUCAGAGGAGGAGAAGAAGCCAGCAGCAAAGGCCACGCCGGCCAAGGCAGCCGUCAAGAAGGCAAAAUCCUCCAGCGAGGACAGUUCCUCGGACGAAGAGGCACCCAAAAAGGCUGCUCCAGUGAAGCCAUCUCCGGCCAAGGCGACUCCCGCAAAGAAGGCCGAGUCCAGCAGCGAGGAUAGCAGUUCCGACGAAGAACCGGCAAAGCCCGUCGUCAAGGCCACACCGUCCAAGGCUGCUCCCGCCAAAAAGGCCGACUCCAGCAGCGAAGAAAGCAGCUCCGAGGAGGAGGUUAAGCCAGCUGCCAAGCCUGUAGCCAAGGCUGCACCGGCAAAGAAAGCAGCAUCCUCCAGCGAGGAAAGCGACUCCGAUGAGGAGCCAGCCGCUAAGAAGCCUGCCAUCCAGCCUGCCGCAAAGCCAGCUCCUAAGGCAGCCGCUUCUAGUUCCGAAGACAGCACCUCAGAGGAGGAGGCCAAACCCGCUGCCAAGGCGGCUCCUGCUAAGAAGGCGGCUUCCCCUAGUGAUGAUAGUUCCUCUGAAGACGAGGCACCCAAAAAGGCAGCAACUCUCGCAAAGCCCAUUCCGACUAAGACUGCUCCCACCAAAAAGGCCGACAGCUCCAGUGAGGAUAGUUCUUCGGAAGACGAGGCUCCCAAGAAGGUAGCUCCAGCAAAGGCCACGCCAGCUAAGGCAACUCCUGCCAAGAAGGCAGAUUCCAGCGAUGACAGCUCCUCGGAAGAAGAGGCCCCUAAGAAGGCAGCUCCAGCAAAGGCCACGCCAGCUAAGGCAACUCCUGCCAAGAAGGCAGCUUCCAGCGAUGACAGUUCCUCGGAAGAAGAGGCGCCCAAGAAGGCUGCCGCCCCAGCAAAGGCGACACCGGCUAAAAAGGCCAAGUCUUCAAGCGAAGACAGCGACUCCGAUGAGGAAGAAGCUCCCAAGAAACCAGCCGCGAAGACCGUUGCAAAGGCUGCUCCAUCCAAGAAAGCAGAUUCCGAUGAUUCUUCGGAAGAUAGCGAUAGCUCAGAAGACGAAAAGCCAGCAAAGGCUGCUCCCAAGGCUCCGGCCAAGCCUGCAAAGGCUGCCUCCUCCAGCAGUGACGAUUCCAGCGAUGAAGAAACGCCGGCAGUGAAGCCAGCUGUCAAGAAGACUGCUGCUCCUGCUAAGAAGGCUGAAAGCAGCAGCGACGAGAGUGACUCUGGUGAAGAGUCCGGCGAGGUCAAGCCCAACUCGGCUACCAAUGGCAAUGAGAAGCCCGCUCAGAAGCGCAAGUUUAGUGGUGGCGACCAGGACGAGGCCACUCCCAACAAGAAGUACAACAACUUCGUCAAAUCGGGAGAGCAACAGAAGAAUGACUUCACCUCCACACCUAACAACACCUUCAGCCGAAACCAUAAUAUGAACAAUAGCGGAGGGGGAAGUGGGCGACGGUCGCCCUUCCGAAGGGUACGCACCGAGGAAGUGGUGGUGGACUCCCGAGUCCAGGACAUGUCCUUCGAGGCGAAGAAAAACGCUGCCGGAUCCUGGGGCGAGCGAGCCAACAAGGAUCUGAAGCACACGCGCGGCAAGUCCUUCAAACACGAGAAGACCAAGAAGAAGCGCGGCAGCUACCGAGGUGGCCAAAUUGACGUGGGAGUCAAUUCAAUAAAAUUUGACUAGAUUUAUAUACACCCAUAAAAUAAUACUUAUUCUAACGGAUAUAACUAGUCUGUAAGCAAAAGAGUAACUAAGUGUAAUAGUUUCUUUACGCAAUAGUUCCGCCACAUGUAAAUUCUUUCCAAACUCUUGAUUGACUUCGGGAAGUCCGUACUUCCGUUUUAAUGUGAAUUAUUCGAGUGCAAAUUGGCGGUAGACAAACCCGUGACCAAGCUAAUGGUUAUUAUGACUUUAGCGGAUUAAACCCUUUCUUUUCCUGAUCGGACGGAAUGAAACCCGAAUGCUUUUCGUGGAUUUUUUAUAAGCCUUUUAAGACUUAAAACCCUAUACAUUUCUAUUGUAUAUUAUAUAUAUUUAUAAGGUUCGUAAAAAAUAAGUUAUUUUCCAGACGCUUGGGUUAAAUGAAGGGUUGACUAUUCCGAUUAGCACAUAAGUCAUUUUCCGCUAACUUGUGGCGAUAGCCGGUUUAUGAAUGCUUAUGACAACUUCAAUAUGUAAAAGAUUAAUUUGUUUUGUCACAUUGGACAAUGUAUUUAAUUGAACGUAGAAAACACGGAAAGAAAUACAUGUGUUUUUUAAUAACUGAA